AUGGGGGAUAAAGCUGUGAGAAUUGCGGCAUAUAUUCUACGUUAUGUUAAAGAGAAUUUUUCUUGGUUUAAAUUUACAGCUGAUUUACAAGUUGAUGCUGUUGCUGUUCACGUUACUGUAGAACGGGAAAUACGGCCAGCACCGGAUCCCAAUUUCUAUCACGAAGAAAAAUGCUCAACACCAUUACAUGUAGCAGCCAAGUUCGGACAAGCAUCACAAAUUGAAUUACUGCUCGUAUACGGCGCAGACAUCAAUGCAAUAGAUGGCAAUGGCUUAGCGCCGUUAGAGGUCGCAAAAGCUAAUAAUCAUAGUACAAUAGCGGAGCGUUUAUUGGAUGCUAUGUACGAUGUAACAGAUCGUAUAAUUAUGUUUCUGGGAGGGAAAAAACCAGAUCAUGCGUCUGGUCGGCAUCUCGUUAUACCGGAGUUAAGCAAUGCAGAUAUAAGUGAGCAGUUAAAGAUCGCCAGGGGAAAAUUACAACUAGUGCCAAAUAAGAUGUUUGAAGAAUUAGUAAUGGAUUUGUACGAUGAAGUAGAUCGACGUGAGAAUGAAGCAAUUUGGGCGACAUCAACAAUGAAUGCAGAAAAUGCUGCUGUGCCAUUUUUACCAGCCAAUCCAUUUUUGAGUGCAACGCGCAAUCAAGGCCGUCAGAAAUUAGCACGAUUUAGUCGUUCUGAAUUUGCUGGACUACUAACGGAUGUGUUAGUCGAUGCGCGUCGGCGUCAAAAUAUGGCAAAUCUUCGACCUUUAGAGGCAAACACAAGUGUAUGUUAUGCUCCACAAACGACAACAGCAUUCAAUACCAGUGAACAUGAUCCCAACUUGUCGGAUGAUGAGCCCAUUUACGAUCCAGUUGCAAGUGAUGAUGAUUAUGCAGCGGUUCCACCAAUCGCGCAACAGUCAUCACCGAAUACGUCACAAGAAUCACAAGUAGAAAUGGAAACAUUACGGAAACAAAUUAAUAAAUAUGUUACCGAAAUAAAUCAAUUAAAGACUGAAGUACAAAAGCUUUCAACUGAAAAUUCACAUUUAAAGUCCAAAUUUUCCAAUGUGCCGCAAAAUGCAACAAGUGUUUACGAUGAACCACUACGCAUUGAUUUAAAUGGUAGUGAAAAUGAGCACCCCGAACCACACUCGUUGCCGCUUGAAAACAGUAGUGUAGUUGGUUCAAAUUCAUCUUCUUCAUCCUCGGCAACGAGUUCCAAUCAAUCGACCAUUAAACGACCUGCUAGCAUGUAUGAGCGGCGACUUACAAACGCAACCGGUAAAGCUGGUGAGGUCUGUCGCACUACAACGAGUAUGUAUCAAAUGCAGGCAGAUAAAUCACAGACUAAUUUCGCUGAUGAGGUUAAACGUCGCACCGAUUUAGUCGCACGUUGUCUAAAGGAAUUAAUUGUUACCAUGCGAGAUGCAUCAAAUAAAGAAGCGAUUGUACCUUGCGCAGAACGUAUACAUGCUGCUGUCAUGGAACUUAUGGCCAUCUUUACAACAACUACCAAUUGCAGUGCGACUGUAAAUGAAACCUUGAAGAGCUUAACGCAUUACAAUGUGCUUCUCCAGCGUGAAUGUGAGAACCUUCAGAAAUCUUUUGAUUCGGAGGAUAAAACUGCUGCGGAAAAGUGUGGCAAAGAAGUACGUGAGUGUGCGUAUUUUAUUGCCAAAGCAGUCAAAACAUUGGUGGUGUAUCAUGAAUAG